UUAGGUUUCUUCAGGUAGCCGAGGACGAGAUAGGCCCUGGUAAGGAGUUCAGUCUUGAGAUGAUUGCUAAUUCCCUUGGAAUCAAUCGUCGUCGCAUCUACGAUAUAAUUAAUGUAAUGGAAGCGCUCGAAAUGAUUUCAAAACAAUCCAAGAACUGGUACCAGUGGCAUGGGCAGAGCAACCUUGUUGCUACACUAGCUAAGCUAAAAGCUAUGGCAGUUGAUGAUCCUGACAUUCAGCCAUAUCUUGACGUUGAUUUUGAUGCUGUGAAGAGCAGCAACAAAGAGAAUGAGAACGGCAAUGAAGAUUCAUCUUCCUCUGCCAAGGGUUCUGUGAAGCUUGUCCUUGAGGAGGAGGAUGAAGAUGAUGAUUCUGAUGUCCCUGCUGCGGCCAGGUCUGUGCGAUACGAUAAAUCACUCGGAGUUUUGUGUCAGAAAUUUGUUAUGCUGUUUCUCAUAUCAGCUUGUACUGAGAUUACGCUGGAGGAUGCUGGUAAGAUAUUGGUACCAGAUUAUCAUGAUGACACACUGUAUAUGGCAUUGAACCCUCCAGUCAAUCCUAAAACUAAAGUCAGACGUCUGUAUGACAUUGCCAACAUUCUGUCAAGUAUUGGUCUAAUUAAGAAGAAAGUGUUUGUGGGGCCACAUCACAUAAAGAAGCCAGGCUAUGCCUGGUCUGGCCCUAGUCUAGCUGACAUUGAAGCUAUCU